CGCUCCUUGCUGCGUGCUACUUGACCCUUCUCCCCUCAUACCCUCUCUCGGUUCAGAAUGCAUGUCAAUCCCGCCGCUUUCCCCCUCCGCACAGCGGUGUUGGGGUGUCGCGUCCCCUUAACUCCAUUCGCAUACACUACCAGCUCGACCUCGUUCUAUCAACAAGUCCGGACACCGCAACAGACCCGACAAGCGUCAAUACAGAUCGCCAAGGCCUCUUCCGUAUCUUCCCUUCCUGUUAUUCGAUCCACUACAAGCUUGAAGACAUGCCGUCCUCAGGGGACCACAACAGUUGCCCUUUCCCCUAUCGUCCGGAACCCUAGCUACCUCCGCACGAACUCGACCGCAUCCUCUUCGUCUGCUGCUGAUGAAUCCCGGAAACUGGACUGGAACUCGUUCUUCAAACUCCGUGCCUCCCGUCGACGAUACAGCCUUGCUUCGUCGAUCAUAACGUCGUUCUUCUCAACCACGUUCGGCGCACAGAUUCUCUCGACACAAGAUCUGGAAUCUCUCGGCGCGCAGGUCAUGGGAUUGGAUCCAUUUAUCGUCCUCGGUUUGGCUGUAGCUGCUUGUGGUGCGGCAGGUUGGCUGGCUGGUCCUUUCUUUGGAAAUGCUAUCUGGGGAAUGAUCUAUAGGCGGUAUACACCCGCUGUUGCCGUGAAAGAAAAGGAAUUCUACGAUAGAAUAAAGCGAUUCCGCGUGGAUCCUUCUUCUAACUCCAUGGCGAACCCGGUUCCCGAUUACUACGGCGAGAAGAUUGGUAGUGUCCAGGGAUACAGACAGUGGCUGAAGGAUCAGAGGGCGUACAACCGGAAGCGACGCAACUUUAUUGCUUAAAAGGGGCCAUCUGUAUCCGGUUAUGGUUUUGAAAAUCUUGUGGAACUUAUCAGGGUAUUGUUUUUUCUGGGGGCCUGUUUUUUCUUUCCUGUUUCCCUUUCCUUUUAUAUGCCUCUUCUGGGUUAAAGAGCUGCGUUACCUGUGUUGUAAGGGCAGGAAGAUUGCCGAGAUUUGCCUUCAUAUUUUUUUUUCUUUUCCCUUGUACGAUUAAGUAAGUAUAUAGUUUAGCAUUCCAUGAUGUGACCAUAGUCAACAGCAGUAGCUGGAUUGAUCCAAUCGAAUCUUGUUGACA